CAUUCAUCGUUAUCGUGCUGCGUAUGAACGGACCCAGCACAGACCCGUCCCCAUGCGUAAAAAACGAUUGUGAACCCGACGAUGGUUCAGAAAAAACGACGAGGGUCAAAGUAAAACGUUGGGUGGAUUGCCAGGACUGGAUCGUAGGAGUGAUGCAAUCACUGCAUUUACCGAACCAUAACCGCGCCUUCCAGAUCCCGGACCGGAUCACCGAGAAUCUGACCGGAGGACGACGGAAGGUAAUUCUGCUCCACUCAUGACGCUUACUACCUUUACGGAGCACACUUUAUACGAGGCGCCUCUUCAUUCCCGAUUUUUUUUCAUGUAUGUCCACUGAAGAAACAUCAUUAACAUCCAUGUAAGGAGUUUGAUUUAUGCCAAUUGUUGAACAAGAUCCUCGGUGCUGUAAGUCAAUCUAAUCGAAAUCUCUAAACGUUAGCGCCGAUUAGUUUUUUUUCAGCUGUUGCAGUGCAGAUGUGCAUGUUGUGUAGACGACUGUAAUGUUUUAUACGCGACUUUUGCUUUAAGGUGCACACUGGAGAAUUGCGUAUCGCCUGAUUUUCGCGUCUCUUUGCCGACUGCUGUUUAACUAAGACGCACUGUCGAUAUUACAUAUCUGUUUAGAUCUCCAUUGGCUUUGGUUAGUCGCCGUGCAGAACCCACAGAGCGACCGUCGCUUCUUUAAUUCGACGCAUCUUUUCUCAUCGUCACCAUGAAUUACCUGCGACGUCGACUGUCGGACAGUAAUUUUAUGUCUAACUUGCCCAAUGGCUACAUGACCGAUCUACAGCGGCCCGAUCCGCCGCAGCAGAGCCCUGCCCCGGUGGUGUCGCCAGGAUCUCAAGAGAGGCGUCAACCCCCCAGCCAGUCUACCGGCGCCGGCUUCUUCUCCUCCAUUUCAAACGCCGUAAAACAGACCACCGCCGCGGCCGCCGCCACCUUUAACGAGGCCACCGAAAGAGGAAUCGGUUCGAGCAAUGCCAAGAUCCUCCUGGUUAUUGAUGACCAGCAGACCGACUGGGCAAAAGUGUUCAAAGGCAAGAAGGUUCACGGUGAAUUUGACAUUAAAGUAGAACAGGCUGAUUUCUCUGAGGUUAACCUGGUCGCUCAUGCAACAGGAAGCUAUAGCGUGGACAUUGAGGCCAUCCGCAAUGGCAACAAAGUCACAAAGUGUUUUAAACCAGAUUUUGUUCUGGUGCGACAGCAUGCAUUUAGCAUGGCUAAGAAUGGCGACCACAGGAACAUUGUGAUUGGUCUUCAGUAUGCUGGCAUUCCCAGUGUCAAUUCUCUGCACUCUGUUUACAACUUCUGCGACAAACCGUGGAUGUUCGCUCAGUUGUCCAGAUUGUACAAGCAGUUGGGUCCAGAGGAGUUCCCACUGAUUGACCAGGUUUAUUACCCCAACCACAAGGAGAUGAUCACUACACCCAGCUUUCCUGUGGUUGUGAAGAUGGGCCAUGCUCACUCAGGAAUGGGAAAAGUGAAAGUGGACAAUCAAUACGAUUUCCAAGACAUUGCUAGUGUUGUGGCUUUGACGAAGACAUAUGCCACAUCUGAACCUUUUAUAGAUGCCAAGUAUGACGUCCGAAUCCAAAAAAUCGGUGACAAUUACAAGGCCUACAUGAGAACAUCUAUAUCCGGCAACUGGAAGACCAACACAGGAUCAGCCAUGUUAGAGCAGGUGGCCAUGUCUGACAGGUAUCGUAAGUGGGUGGACGUUUGCUCUGAGGUUUUCGGAGGUCUUGAUAUAUGUGCCGUAGAAGCACUACAUGGUAAAGAUGGUCGAGAUUACAUCAUAGAGGUGGUGGGCUGCUCAAUGCCUCUCAUAGGAGACCAGCAGGAUGAGGACCGGGCUUUGAUUGCUGAUCUUGUUCUGAACAAAAUGAACCAGACUGUGACGCUCACUUCAGCUCCCACUCCAGUUCGCUCUCAGGCGCCAGCUGUUUCACCUCAACCAGUCUCUGGGGCUAGAGUUCCACAGGCACAACAGCGCCCUCCUCCACAAGGAGGUCCACAACAGGCACCUGCUAACACUUCUUCUGCUCGUCAAGGGGCUCCAACACAGCAGCGCCCCUCUCCCCAGGGCCAGCCCCCCUCCCAGCCUCAGCCUGUGACCAGUCCUAAUGCUCAGAACCCCCCUGCUCAACAGACCAAGCCACCCAACCCAGCACCACAGCGGCAACUCAGUCAAGGGUCCGCGGUUCCGCAGAGGCCCCCUCCAGUACAGGGACCCAGCCAGCGCGGCCCAGGCGGCUCUCCCCAGUCACCGAGGCCCCAGCAAGGCAGCCCCCAGUCACAGAGGCCUCAAACUGCCGGCCAGGGGCCUAAACCCGCUGCCCAACCUCAGCAGAAGCCCCAGCAGCAAAGACAAGGCCAGCCAACCAGGCAGGCUACUCAAGGUGGGUCGCAGCCAAGCCAGGAUGCCCCACAACCAACCCCACAACAGCAGGGGGGUCCUCGUCCCCCCACUACACAGCAACCACGGCCUACAACACAGGGCCAGGGAGGACCUGGGAGUGCACGACCUCCCUUACAGCAGAAACCCCAACCUCCACAGAAACCAAGUCCUGAUCAUCCAGCCCUGAGUGGAUCCCCACAGCUUAACAAAUCCCAGUCUCUUACCAAUACAUUCAACAUUCCAGAAACGCCGGCCGCCCAGCACCAAAAUCCUAGUCAGGAAGAAGCCAAGGCAGAGACCAUCCGCAACCUUCGAAAAUCCUUUGCAAGCCUCUUCUCUGUGGAAUAAAAGAAAGAAAGACACACACACAAACAUACCAACACACACACACAUGCAGUCGAUAUUGAGAUGGAGAGGUCAUUAUAUUUAUGUUUACACUUUUACACAGUCUUACUGAAAAGCAUACAAGCUAUAUUGUCAUAUCAAUACUCUGUGUAAUAGGACCAAUUAUAUUGCAUAUUGUGAUGCACAUCUGUGUCAGAUCUGUGCAUAUCAGUUCGCAAUGCUAGAUUGAUAAAGUACUGCCUACACUGCUUAAAGAUAUUGUGGCAUUGUUUCAGUUCAGUGUUCAAACACAAUUUAAUCUGCAUCCAUUAGAAGCAUUCCCUGUUGUAUCCGAGUCAGGUUGAAAGGAGGAAGGUGUGGAAACACACGCACGCACCCACACACACGCACGCACACGCACACACACACGCACGCACACACACACACACACACACACACACACACACGCACACACACACGCACACACACACACACACACACACACAAAUACUUUUAUACUACCUACACAGUGAUUGAACCUGGAUACACUAAAUACAUAUACAGUAAAUAAUACUUGAUGCUUUCAUUCCAGGCUCCUGUUAUGAACUUAACACUGAUUAUCAUAGAUUCCUUUUGAAAGUGAUACGCUAAACGUUUUGGUGAACAGUUCGUUGUUUCCUAAAAGAUUCCCCACCUUACACUCUCAGAUAUGAUCUGAAAUAUGUCUGCUAAAUGUUUAAAGCAUGUUUUGUUACAAUAAGGGUUACCAUCUAAUGAUUUUAACAGUGCAUUCCAUUGUAAUGUAACAAUGUAUUGUUUACAAAGUUUGGAUUCUAAAACGAUGACCCAUUGUGAUGUUGUUUAAAUUUGCACAAGCAUCCAUUGUCAAACUAACCUUGCGGCUGUUAACACUAGCCACUUGCGAUACUGCAUGACACUAAAGGAGAAUAUAGUCGCACAAUGUGGGUGGUCUUGCUUUAGUAACCGUCGUGUCGUUGCACCUAGAUAAGAUAGUCGUGGUGAAAAUGUUGUUUCAUUUUUUUUGCAAGCUGUCGCUGCUUUCCUAGUGCCCCUUCUCCUGGCAUGAGCAAACAAAUGACACAGAAUUACACCCUUAAACGUGAUAAUAUGCCUUAGUUAGAGAGGCAUAUGUAAGAACGUAAGUUUGAACAUAUGAACAUAUGUCUCAGGGAUGUCCUGGAGAGAAGAUACAAAUCGUCAUUGAUCAGGUCUUCCAAAUAGUACUGUUGAGAUUUUCCAAUCUGCAAUUGUGAAGGCCAGUAGAAGGAGGAAUUUGCUCGUGGGUUUCGUAUAAUAAUUGUUUGCUACUUUAACACGUUUGCACACCAGUACUGUAAACUUGACAACAUUUGAGAUGGGUAAAACCUCAAAAAGGUUUGUUUCCAUCAAGAAUACUUUACAUACAAAGAAGAAGGCGUAUUAUUAAGCUUUUCACAGCUAUUUUGUAUGCCUGGGGGAAGAUGAGAAAACACGGUGUAGGUGUUGCUUGCUUAUCACACAUUGGCCCAAUGAAAAUGCAAAACCAAAAUACAAAGCCAAGGAUGCCAUCAAUAUCAAAUGUCUUCACAUUUUUAAAUGGGAUGCCUGUCACAUGUCGGGUUUUAGGCUAAACUGCUUUUGGUAUGUCCAAGUGUGCCCAGUUACACAAUGUGAUUUAACCAGUUGCUCGUUAAACUUCUAACCAUAACCAAGUAAACUGAAAACCAGCAGUGUGGCAGUGUCUUCCACGAGUGAGGAUAUAUAACAUCCCAACACUGAUGUGUUUCGGCAAUAUAUUUAAGGCCACUCAGCCCAUCCCGAACCCCCUCCGCUUCCCGCUCACCAGCCUGUUGUGUAUUCACAGUGAUCCUUUUGUGACAAAUGGUGCGUUAGUGUGUGUAUAUAUAUGUAUAAUGUAAUGUUGUACCGUAAAUUGUCAAAACCAAAUAGAAGUGUUGUACAGAUCUUAACUCAACAAAUGAUGCAAGUGUCUUGUAAUUAAUUUUAUCCUUAAAGUGAUCGUUGUUCACAUAUUGUGGGUUUGUCUUAGACGGGAUUUUUCUUUAAUGAGAUGUUAUUUAGGUUGUGCAAUAUCUUCUUCAUUGUAAAAUAACUUACUUAACCUACCUGAAAGGUCUGCGUUCUUUUAUUUACAUAUUUUGUGACACAGUUGCAGUUGUUAGAAAUCAUCUUCAGUGUAUUCAUUGAUAUAAUUGUUUGUGGUUUGUUUGGUUGCCACAUGUCGUAAUCUAUUCUAGAUGGUCCACCAUUAUAUCAUUGUGGCUCAGGCAAACUUUCAUGUUGUUCACAUUUUUAUAAACUAUGAUAGAUAUGUGUGUUAAAUAAUGGCUUUAAUGAAUGUCAAAUGAAUUACUGUAUCACUGAUGCAAUCAAGCGUGGAGGCUUUUCAAUAACUGAUGAAUGUUGCAGUACCCAUUGAAUCCAUGCCUGAGGUUUGGUUCUCAUUUUAACUUUUGUUUUUUAGUAUUUGCCAUAUUAAUUUUUGUGUUACUUUAUGUUUUUUUAAAGAGGAGUAAUUAAAGAAAAUGUAUUUAAAUUUAUCAUAAUUUCUAAAAAGAAAGUUUAUCCUGUUCUGACUGUUUGAAUCUCAGUGAAUUUUAUUGUCUGUUUAUGCCUGCCAGUUGUAUAAAGAAAGAGUUAAUCAAAAAUAUAUAGAAGUCUAAAAUACUAUUAAAAUGAGAAAUAUUGUUAAACAUUGUGUAGUACACACAAAGAGAUGCAACUUUGAUGUGAUCUUUAAUGUAGCUUAAUAAUGGUGUAAAAUUAUGAUGUAAAAAUAUGUGCACCUAUUCAAUAAAGUCUAUCAAAUAAAUAUG